UGUGAUAAAAAAAUUAAAAAUAUGAUUCGCCGUUCGACCUCUUGUGAGCGUGCGUGAGUCGAGAGGUAGGGAGGCGCAGACGGCCGACGAUGACAUCACACGAAUUGCACCGCGGUGCGACCGCCAACUCUUGCGCAAUCGACGCCCUUGAUCUUGACUGCGCUGCGUCGCGCACACGCGCACGCGCAUAUACACCUACAUCUAAAUGAUACAUUCGCGCUUAUUUAUCAACGCGCGUGGAGGCGCGAAACCGUAAUCUGCAGUAUGUGAAAUAAUACAGUGCCGUUUUGUAUUCAUUAGUAAAUCUGACAGUUCCGGCUGGUGAAUGCGUAAAAACAGUAAUUAGUACUUUAAAUGCCUGUGAAGUAAUUAUUAUAUAGUGCAAGCAAAUUCACUGGAGAAUAUUAUGCUUUACUAUGAAAUCCGUUGGGAUACUGCGGCGGGAGCUAGCUCAGACAUGGGAAGUGAGCACUAUUGCCUAAGGUGGAACAAUCAUCAGAGCAACCUGCUGGGAGUCUUCAGCCAGUUGCUGCACGACGAAAGCUUGGUGGACGUCACGCUCGCCUGCUCAGAAGGCGCUUCUAUAAGGGCUCAUAAGGUGGUAUUGUCUGCGUGUUCAUCGUACUUCCGGUCGCUGUUCGUGGACCACCCGUCGCGGCAUCCCAUCGUCAUCCUGAAAGACGUGGGCUUGGAGGAGCUUAGGACCAUCGUGGACUUCAUGUACAAGGGUGAGGUCAACGUCCAGUACUGCCAACUGCCUGCACUCCUCAAAACCGCUGAAAGUCUUCAGGUAAAAGGACUAGCUGAAAUGACGACGCUAAGUGCCGCUGGUAUCGAUACUAGAAACGUUGCAGAACCAAUGGAAGAGUGCCAAUCCCAAGACCCCAAAGAGUCUACAGAUUCCCAUGAACGGCUGGAUAAUAGAGAAAGCAGGGACAAAGAGGAAAAACGAGACGCAAAAGAAACACGAGAUUCGCGUGAAAGGGAAAAUAAAGACAGUCACGAAAGGGAUAGUCACGGACGUGAGUCACGUGAAUCGAGAGAUUUGCGACAAAAUAGAGAGAGAGAGGGAAGGGAACCACGUGAUCUCAGAGAGCACAGAGACCAUCGUGAUGUCAGAGAGUCACGGGAACCUAGGGAACCGAGGGAUCACAGAGAACACGCAAGAGACCGAGAACCUCGAGACUUACGUGACAUUCGAGAUCCAAGGGACUUGCGCGAUACUCGUGAAACACGAGAUGGGAGAGAAACAUCAGACGCCUCACCUCCUAGAAUAUCCCCAUUACUCUCUGUAAGGCGGUUUAGAUCAGAAGUUUCUAUUGACACGUCGACGCCUACACAUCCACCUAUACCAAAAGAUGAACCUCCUGACGAACCUAUGCGAUCGUCAUCGCCUGAAGAUGAUUCAGUGUCAAUUAGAUCAAAUGGAGCGCAAAAUGAUAGUAUUGGUAUAAACAUGACGAUAAACAGUCAUAGCAGUAGUGUCCUGGGUCCUCGAUAUUCGCCAGUGGAGCAGAGGCUCAGUGUGCUCAAUGCUAUACCACACCCGGGCUUGCCCCAUCCAUCUCAUCAAUCACUGCCGAGUCCUAGGAGUGAACCCAUUGCGGGUCCAUCAGGGCUGCCACCUGUCCAACAAGUACCAUUAUCUUUGAAAAAAGAAAUUGACUGGGACCGCAGUAAUGAAGAUAAAGGUGGUGAAUCAUCAUUGGAGUACAGAAUGCAACAUGAAACGAUGUGUUUGGACAUGUCGUGCGUGUCGCCGAGCAUUCCGAGCCCUAUUCCGCCGCGCAGCCCUAGCGCUCUGCCCCUCUGGUCGCCUCUCCUAGCGCUGCAAGCCUGUCGCAUUCGCCGCUAUCUAAGCGACGACUGCAUGGCCUAUCAAAACAGACAUCUACUCCACUCGGAGCGCCGCCGAUGUGGCGUCUGUCUCGCUUCUUUUCCUUCCACCUGGCUCUUAGAACGACACGCUGCCCUCCAACACGCCUCACAAACUACCUGCGACGAUAAACCCUUCGUCUGCGAACAAUGCGGACAGAGCUAUCGAUACAGAUCAGCAUAUGUCAAACAUAAAGAACAGAAUCACCGCGCCCGCUUGCCAGCCGACAAACUUUUCACAUGCGACGUUUGCGGCAUGCAGUUCCGCUAUCUCAAAUCUUUCAAAAAACAUCGACUCAAUCAUACAUUAGAAAGACUACACACUAAGACCACUGACACGCCAGAGGGGAUGGAUCAAGUAUCCAGCACUAACGAAGCCCUCAUCGGUCAGUGUGGAGAAAUGGAUCUGUCGAUGAAAAAGAAAAAUAAAACUGAAGGAAAUAAAUCUCCGCCCAUAGACGUCAUUAGAGAUGCGGAGCAAGAUAGCACCGUCGAUUCUAAUGGGGCUUCCGACUCGAUAGUCACCGUCGAUGAUUCGAUCGAAUGUCGGACCUCUGAAACUGAUAGCAAAAGAGACGACGACACUGGCUCAGAAGAGAGAAGGCGCGUCCCCGUGUCUUUUGCAAGUGUCAGCUCAAUGGCGGAUAGUUCAGAAAGCGAGUCCCGCGGUGACAUUAGUAAACACGAGACUUCGAGCUCGCAUUCGGGAAUUCUUGGCUUCAUGCAGAAUGAUGAUAGACAGAGAGAUAGAGAGCGUCGAUUCGCGUGUCCGUUCUGUGGGAAAUGCGUGAGGUCGAAGGAGAAUUUGAAAUUGCACGUCCGGAAGCACACAGGUGAGCGGCCUUUCGUAUGUUUAUUUUGCGGUCGAGCGUUUGGGGGAAAGAGCGACUUAACGCGCCACCUGCGGAUUCACACCGGAGAGCGGCCGUACCACUGCGAAGCGUGCGGCAAAUGUUUCGCCCGCGCGGACUACCUCUCCAAGCAUCUCACCACGCACGUACACAACACGCGCUGAUCGACGCACGCGCCGUCCUUUUUUCAAUCUCUGCAUACCUCUAUAGUAAAUGACCGAGUCAUAUUAUAACAGUAAAAUGGAAUAUUUUUUAAAAUGUUUUUAAUCUUUACAACAUUAUUAUAAUAAGCAGGUUUAAUUAAAUGUUUACAGGACUGUUUUCAUUUUUGGAGUAAUUUAUCAACGUAUAAAACAAUUUUAAUACAAACUGGAAAUAUAUGAUGGGUUUGUUAGCUAGAAAAUGUUGUAAAUACUCGCAUAUACUUAUAUUAACUUCCUUUUAAUUUGACCUCCAAAAUACAUCAAUUUUGGCUUAACUAACUACCGCCUACCAGAUGAUUGAAUGGCAUACACUUACUACGUUGAUGGAGGUCCCUUGCUGCCUCCUCAGCCUAUAAAUGCGUUGUAAUUUCAUAAUUUACGGUUAUCAUAUGCAUUUCUCUGCUUCAUCUUUGUAUACCUCAUCACUCGUGUUAAUAAUAAUAACGAAAGCGAAAUCUGAUAAUAUUAAUUUUAUCGAAGUUGGUUUCAAAUCAUUUGGUGGUGGUUAUUAGUUCUAAAUACAAUUUAAAUACCUAUACUUAAAUGGUUAUAAUUCAGACACAUUCUAUUCGUCGUGUUACUUCGUUUUCUACAAGUUGCUGAUUUCGAAAAUAUUUAUUGGUUGGACCAUAAUGGAGAGUAGUGGCCCGGUUUAUUGUAAUAUUACUGCUAUUCUGUCAAGGAUUAUUUUGCCAUAUUCUUGUGAGUCGGCGUAUUUUUAAGAUAACAAGAAACUCAUUCCAUUGAAGGAAACUAGACAUUUGGUAGACGAGACGAUAGGUAAGUAGGAGAAUGCAAAAAGCUGUGAUUCGUAUGAUUAAGACCAGUCAAACGUGUUUUAGAACAUCGAUAAAUGUUUUAUGUAAUUUAAUGUAAUGUUAAAAUUUAGAUAUACAUGAACUAUUUAUAAGAAAUCUCUCUGUGCCAAAAUAUGUACCUCAUAAAGUAACAAUGAAGUAGAUAAAUUAAUUACUGAGAAUUAUUUGUAACAACAUCUUAUUUUAUACAUAUAAUGCGUUGCUGGUUUCGUAUUGUAAGUUUGUCAUGUACAGUCUCCUCAAACUUAGAAAAUAAAUCUUAGAUCCGUCUUUUAUUAAAGGAAACUUGCCCGCAGAAUCUUGAUAUCUAGUACAAUAAUUAUAAUGGCCAUUUUAUCUUUUUAAGAGAAUGUAAACUGCCGCCGUUGUGAUAAGUAAUACUUAUACACCUCGAUUCACUUGUUAGAAGGUCUUAUUUUAAACAUCGUUUAAUUUUAAAUUCCUCCCGUGACAAAUAAGUACAUGCGACAUAUAUUUUUGAUAUUCAAAGAAAUAGUGAUUAAGUACUUGAUAAGUGUAAUCUGUUGUUAUAAUAAUUUAGAUAACGAUAGCCAUAAUAAGGUUCGUUUGUUGGUAUAUUAGAAUUUUUUAACUAGAAAGGAGACGUGUUGUAAUAAAUACUGAUUGAUAUUACCCGUAUAUAGUGCAGCAUUUUAAAAUAUGUAACCCAAUCUAAAGUUUUUAAAGCAUCAGAGGGACCAUCGUUUUAUCCAUCUUAUUAUCAGAUAUGUAGAGGCCCUAUGCAGCCGCUACCGUUAUAUUGUUAUCAAUUUCUUAGUGAAAAAGAAAAUAUUUUGACAAAUGAUUGUGCCACACUAAAGGUUUUUAUUAUGUCAAGAUAUUUUUUUUAUUUUUCGCUAAAAAAUAAUAAACAUAUUAUGAUGGUGGCGCUAGUGUGCGGCUAGACAGGGCUUCAAAGUAUUAAAUGUACACAAUUUUAAAAGUAUUUUUUAAAAGUCAUAUUUAAUUUUUUUUAAUGCCAAGAACAUUUUUAUGUACCUAAACCAAGUGGUAUAUAUAAAUAUUUUCAAUAUAAAUUUUAAUUUGCUGGCUCAAACACAAAAAAUAAUUUCAAAUGGACUUUUACUGUCAAUUAAGUAUAUAGGGUAAGUGAAUAUUAAUUACUGUUAUGUAUUUUAAAGUCGAUAGAUAUUGCGGGCUAGUUUUUCUUUAUUACAAUAGUGUUUUGUAAUGUUGGUGAGUAUAGUCUCAUAAAUAAUAAUACAUUUUACAAGUAAUAUAGACAAAGCAACGAAAUAACCACAGGUACAGGAAAUAUUAAACGAAGAUUAUAUUAUAGUGUAAUUUAACUUAUUUAAUGUUGUCGUAGUUCAGUUUAAAAAGUAUUUUUUUGUAAUUAUAAUAUAAUAUACCUACUUUUUGUUCAUAUUUGAAGUAAAGGCGCAUUGGAUACGAAGGUAUUGUAUUAUAAUGAAAAAUAAAUAUGUAUGCCAGAGGGAUAUGUUAAGUAAUUUAGGUAGUCGAAAACUUUUAGUAUAAACGAAAAGCAAUACUCUGAAUUAUUAUUUUUACUACUGAAAUACUCUUAUGCUGCACACGGUGAAUUUGAAAACUGGAUAACAACUGGGCUUAAAUGUCUUUUUUGUCGAUCGAAUUGUUGGUUUUAAAACUUAACUCGACACAUUCUUCAAUUUUCAGCUUCUCCUUGUGCAAGUUUUUAUAACAAUCAAUACCAUCGAAAAAAAUAAUGCACUUUUGCAUUACAAUUGUGUAUAAUGUAGAUAUUUUGCCAUUACGUCAAAUAUAUGAUAUAAUAUUCAAAAUUUGAUGUUGACUGUUUUUUAUAAUUAUAUCAGCGGUAGUUACUUGAUGUCGUGGUGUACUUUAGUGUCUUAUAGAUUAAGGACAUAAACCACUCAAAGCGAUAAAUGAUCAAUUUUCCAAUUACAGACCGAUGGUAUGGAGUAUGUACCAGAAAAAUAGUAGCCAGAAACUUUGAGUGGUUCGUUAUUUUGAAUUCUCGUAGAAUAAACAUUGGUGUAGUAUUCUUUAUAUCUGUUCAUGUAACAUACAUUUUUAAUCUUAUAGAUAUAAUUUAAUUUUUAACCAGAUUCUAAGCUAUACUGAGCGAUGGUUUUGUAAAUAUGCGAGUGCUAACCAGGACAAAUGUGAUAAAUUAGGUGUAAAGUGGUGAUCUUGUUUUGUUUUUGGGUAGUAGGAAAAUUUUCCUUUUUGUCAUUGAUUAAUUUGGACAUAUCUUUUAUUUCUAAUUGUUCUGUUGGAUGUGUUCAAAUGUUUGUGUGUUUCUUAAGAUUUAGUUGAAAGUCGACUGUGAGCUAAACGGGCAUUAUUAUAUUGUACAAUUGUUUUACUUUGUAUUUGGGAGUUCGCGGAUAGAGGGCGUUAGUGGGCUACGUUUGAGAGACACGGCUGUGGUCUUACGACGCACAAUUUACCACUUUAUGAAGCGUUUUUAUAUGUCCGUCCAAUGAUAUUGUGUAUCGUAUUUCAAUUUUAUUGAAAAAAUAAAACUGCUGGAAUUACUACAGUUUUAACAUGAUUAAAAAAACAUAGUUUUUUUGUUAUAAAACAUAAUUUUUUGACAGUCAUUUAGACAAUGUGCUUACACAACAAAACAUCAUUUAAAGCAUUUCAUAUUCUCAUAAUUUAUUUGAAAUUACUUAAUUGUUGCAUUUCGAUUUCGUAAUUAUUUAUUUUUCAGACUUUCUUUUGUUGAUUUUCAAGAUAUCUAAGUGCUUGAUUAUCAUGAUAGCCGCAGAGGCUGAUUUUUAAAUAAAGAAAUCGGUUACAAUUCUUUUAUGUAACUUUACGUCUUUAAUUAUAGCUGUACUUUACAAUGUUCUGUGGUCAUCGCAAUGAAUGUGAUAUUACUUUAAGUCGAGACAACGACACAGGAUUAAUAAGAAGUCUCUCCGAGCGAGCCAACGAAGAUCGAAUGUAGACUGAUUUUCGGGUAGAAGAAAAGUAGGCCAGAAGUUUCGCAGUCAAUAAAGGUAGGUUCUGACUGUGCGCAAUAUUUUAUACUCACUCAACGAUAUAUACGUAUCAAGCAUACAUGCUUUACGAACGUAAGCCUUCCCAUGGCGGGUAGUGCUUAAAAACGCAGACGAUUGCGUGCGCGCACCUUCGGACCCUACCUUAUACGUAUAUAUAUAAUAUAUAGGUGUUUUAAAAAUGUUUUAAAGCCAAACACAACUUCAAUAGUCUAACGACGUAAAACAAUAAGAGAGUUUAUUUAAUUUUAAACAUUACUUAUAAAGAAUGUUUUAUAUACCAACCUUAAAUUAUUUUUCAGAUGUAUUGAUUUUUAUACAUCUCCAUAUACAAAAAAUAGAGGUAAGUGUAGUUAUCGUAGAUGGGUCUAUUAACCGCGUGGUGCUACAAAGUGUAAUGAUAUGUGAUAGAAACUGUUCUUCAGAGACAUUUUAUUUAUUGAAGCUUCCAUAGAUGUAAAUAUAGUCUCAUUACACUGGUGGAAUAGUCUUUAUUGUUUAUAAUGCAAGAUUAUUAGGGUGAUAUUCUGAGCGGACCAGCCCAGAAUUAUUUUUAUCUAUCAACACUAAAAUAUAUUAUUAUAAAAUUUAUCAUAAUUUUUUGUUGUUGUAUUAUCCAAUAGUGAACAGCCUUAAACAAUAGUUAACAAUUAUCAAAUUAUGUCAGUUUAUUGUUUAUCAAAUUCUAAAUGCUGGUUAUAUCCACCCUGAAAAUAGCAUGAAUGAAAUUGCAUUAUGACCAAUUUACACUAACAAAAUGUCAUGUAUUCAUCUAUAACAUUCAGCAAUAAAUCGGUUUAGGUACAUUAUUUACUUGAAAGUUAAACCAGUAUUUUAAAAUACGCGAUUGGUCACGUGUCUCGUAAAAACCAAAGUAAUGAAUUUUUAGGAAUAUCUUUAUUAAUUAUUCGGUGUGCGCAUUUCAAAAAUUAAAUUAAUGUAAUUUAUUUCCAAGUCGUAUAAGUCGACCAGUAAUAUGUCUUUGGGGUAAUGAGAGUUUUGAUUUUGUAGUGUUUUAGUCUUGAUAUUAUUGUUCUUUCCAAGAGUUACAAUUUUAUUAAUAAGGCAAGUUAAGGCAAAUUAACGUUAUACUAUUUUAUCGUAACUCAGACACAGCUAGAUAGGAAAAUUUCAUUAGGUUCAAGUGUUGUACACAGCAAGACAUAAAUACAAUAUUGAAACAUUAUUUUAUGGCCUUAUUAAUAACAAAUAUGUCUUGGAGUAAAUUUAUAAUGUAUAACUUUCUUACUAAGUAUAUUAAUAUCAAAAUAUGAAAGGUAAUAUUUUGUGAUAUAAGUUUCCAUUGUAAUAUUUUAAAUGGGCACUAAUAAGUAUUUAUUUUUUAAUUUAAAUUUCAUGUUUAGAAUUUCACGAGUGAUUUUCUUUUUAUUAUGUUUUUACCAAUUCUCAGUUAUUAUUUUUAAUUGUGCAGAUAAUAGGUAAUAGUAUACAAUGUUAUAACUUAAAACAAAUAUUUUUUUUACUUGUAUAUUUCAGAUGAUUAUUAUUGUUGAAUAUAUUGUCCUAUUUUAUAUUUUAACAAUUAACUUUAUAUACUUCAUUAUCAUUAUUUUAGUAAGUCUUAAAACAGUCCAUUUGUUUUUAAAAUAUUGUCCAUUGUCCAAAACUAACUUAGAUAUAGUUCCAUAUUUUGGAUGUGUAUUAUAUCACGAUCUAAAUUAACGCUAUUGUGUAUAUUAUUUCAUUGUCGAUGUGCAAAAUUAUAGUAAAUGUCUUGGAUCUCUAAAAAUAAGAAAAAAAAAAGACAAAAAUACUUUACGAAAUUUCUAAAUGUGCAAUAAUUAUGUGUGUUGUAGUGUUACCAUUAGGAAUAAAAUUUCGGCUAUUUAAAGGUAGAGUUACCGAAACAUGGAGGUGGUAGUGUGUUGUUUGAUUUUAUCUUUAAGUGACGUUUAAAAUGAUCUCAUUCAUCGUAUUACGGUAACUUUAUUUUUGUAGCUUAUUAAAUGAAUAUUUGGCACUUUAAAAAAGGCACAUUUCCCUAUUAUUAUUAAAUGGUUUGAAAACGUGUUGAAAAUGGAUUUGUUGGUAAUUAAUUUCAUAAUGAAAUAUAUUUGUUUUAUUAAUCAA